GCCUCCAACAUGGAGAAGAACUUUGAGCCCAUAUCCGAACCGCAAAAGCUCACUUACAACAAGGAGAAUCCACGCCAUAACGCUCCCACAGACGUCGAUUACGAACCUCAUCCAGAAUCUUCCCUCCCGCUCUCCCCUUCCCGUCAAGCAAUCGUUACGUCCAUUACCAACCUCUACUCCGGCUCCUGCCAAGAAGGCGGAACAGGCGAACAAGACUUGAAAGUCUACGCUGCCGAGUCCGUCUACGACGAUCCCUGGUCCUACUGCGAUACGCGGUAUAAAAUAGCCGGACAAUGGUACGGUAUACCCAAGCUCUUUGACUCCAAAACGCUCGCGACAGAAGUAGUAGAGAAUUCUGAAGCCUCCAGCAAUCCUCAUGCAGCCCCUGGAGAGGAUGCUCGAAUCGUGUUCAAGUUGAGACAGGAGUAUACGAUCAAGGCGAUCCGAGUCAGUAAAGCUGUGAAUAGUCUGGUGAGCUUGACUUUGCAGAAUGUGGAUGGGGAGGAGAAGGUGCGAUAUCAUAAGGAUCAGUGGAAUCAUAAGGAUUAUAGCCACGAGGGAUUGGGGAGAGUGAUGAAGGAGUUGAAUGGAGAUCACUUGACGAAGAUUACGAGGCCACCUGGUUGGUUGAAGGAGGGUGCAGAGACGGAUGGAGUUCCGACUUCGUAGGCAUUGAUACGAAGGUUCAUAUGAGGGAAGACGUCAGUAUAGAUUCUCCUUGGCAACCGAAGUCGCAUUGUGAGAGCUCUCGUUAAGGUUGAAGCCAAUGGCUAUGCUAUGCUUCGUGACGCAAUUCGCAACUGCUUCGCCAUAGGUACAGGUACAUGUGAAUGUACAUUCGUGGGGUACAUAUAUACAGGUAUGUGCCUGUACUAUAGUCUCCAUCCGACAUCCUCUCUACCGCAACCUACCUACCUGAGAAAAGACUCCUCAACCAACCCUUCCAUACCUACCUACCUACCUAC